AUGAUCGUCGGGUGCCCCAAAGAAGUCAAGCCCCAGGAGGGCCGAGUGGGACUCCUGCCUGCAGGCGCUGCUGAACUUGUCCGAAAUAAACAUAAAGUGUUAAUUCAAAAAGGGGCUGGCGAGUUGGCGGGGGCGCCGGACGAGCAGUACAGCCUGGCGGGCGCGGAGUUGGUGGAAACUGCAGCAGAAGUCUUCGCGCGCGCAGACCUUAUAGUCAAAGUGAAGGAGCCGCAGCCGGAGGAGUACGUGCACGUGCGCGGGGGCCAGGUGGUGUUCACGUACUUCCACUUCGCCUCCAGCCGCAGCCUCACGGAGGCCAUGCUGCAGAGCCAGGCCGUCUGCAUCGCCUACGAGACUGUGGAGGAGCCGGGGCGGCGGCUGGUGCUGCUCGAGCCCAUGUCCGAAGUCGCAGGCCGCAUGGCCAUCCUCGAGGGCCUCCACCACCUCCGCAGCUGCAGCGGCGGGAAGGGCGUGCUGCUGGGCGGCGUGCCCGGCGUGCCCCGCGGCAAAGUGCUCAUUCUGGGCGGCGGCGUGGUGGGGCUGAACGCAGCAAAAGCUGCAGCGGGAAUCGGCGCCACUGUUGUCAUUAUGGACUGCAACUUCACCAGACUCCGCUUCUUGGACGACAUUUUGCCGCGGAACUGCACGACGCGGUACUUCUCGGAGGCGGCGCUGGUGCAGGAGCUGGGCGACGCGGACCUGGUGGUGGGGGCGGUGCUGCUGGCGGGCUGCAAAGCCCCGAAGCUGCUGCGGAGGGAACACCUGAAACGCAUGCAGCGCGGCAGCCUCGUGGUGGACGUGGCGGUGGACCACGGCGGCUGCUGCGAGACGAGCCGCGGGACUUCGCAUGCAGCGCCCACCUUCGAGGUGGAGGGCAUUCUGCACUACGGCGUGGCCAACAUGCCGGGCGCAGUCCCGGUGACCGCCACUGCGGCUCUCGCGAGCGCCACUCUUCCUUACGUGUUGCAAAUUGCCAACUUCGGCUGGGCGGAGGCCUGCAGCCGCUGCGAGGCGCUCCGCAAGGGGCUCAGCGUCGCCCGCGGCAGGGUCUUGCACGCCGGCGUCGCCGCGACGUUCAACUUCCCGGUUUCCUCCUUUGAGGACGUUUCCGCGGCGCAAAGCAACCCCACAGUCAGUGCUUAG